AUGGCAGACGUUAGAGUACCACCCACGGGCGUCUUCGUCCCAGUCCCAACCUUCUUCCACUCCGCCUCUGAUUCCGCAGGCGCCCUCCAGCCCAAGGUCGACAUCGACACGCAAGUGAAGCACAGCGUCUACCUCGCAAAGAAUGGCAUCCGCGGCCUAGUCCUCCUCGGCUCGACCGGCGAGGCCAUUCACCUGAACAAGGCCGAGCGUCACGAUCUCGUCGCCGGCGUCAAGAAGGGCCUCGAGGAGGCCGGUUUCCCCGACUACCCUAUCAUGGCCGGCGUCUUGACCAACGGCAUCGACGAGACUCUCGAGUGGCUCGACGACUACGCAAAGGCCGGCGCUCAAUGGGGUCUGGUGCUUGUUCCCGGAUACUUUGGUACCGCCGCGAACCAGAAGAACAUCAAAGAGUGGUACACUGUCGUCGCUGACAAGAGCCCUCUGCCUAUCCUUGUAUACAACUACCCUGGCGUCACAAACAACGUCCUCGUCGAGCCCGACACGUACAAGGACCUUGCCCAACACCCCAAGAUCGUCGGUUGCAAGAUGUCCCAUGGAAACGUCUCCCUCCACCUCCAAGUCUCCUCCGACCCGCGCAUCGACCACUCAAAGUUCCGCGUCUACAGCGGCUUCGGCCAACAGCUCGCGCCCAUCGUCCUCUUCGGCGCCGCGGGCGUCAUCGACGGCCUCGCCGCCUUCUACCCCAAGACGGUCUCGCGCCUCUUCAGCCUGGCGGAGAAGCGCCCCGUCGACCAGGCCACCCUCGAGGAGGUGCAGCGCCUGCAGUACGCCGUCAGCCGCGCCGAGGACUUUAUCGGCAAGACGGGCAUCAUUGGUAUCCGCGAGGGUAUCAUCCGCAAGGCCGGCUUCGGCGCGCUCGAGGGCGGUCGGUUGCCGCUCAAGGGACGCUUGGAUGAGGGUACUUUCAAGGCGUUGGAUUCGCUCUUGUUUUCGGAUAUUCAAAAGAUUGAGGACUCUUUCACACUGCUUGUUUCGCGUGCCCGUUUCUGUCUCAUGGUAGCGUUACGCCUAGUGGACCUUGAUGCCGAUGAACCCAGUGCAGUGGCCGGUCUAUUCCCCAUGAUCCUCCUUUCUAACGCCGUCCCUCCACGUUUCCCCACGCCUUCUCUGACGCCGUCUAUCCGAGAUUCUGUUGGGAGAAUGCGUCGACCUACCUACGCUUCCCUUUGGUAUCGAUACUUUGACCGGUCUGCAAUGUCUACCAACCUUUCUUCCGAACGUGCCGAUAUGCAGCCUUCCGGGCCUCAGACUAUAGGGCACGGCAUCGACGAGCUCAAGCCGAGUGCGUCCCAAUUUGAGACCAUGGAAGAAGGCGACCAUCAUGAAUUCAAGCUUCCCAAGACUGAGGAUGUUGCCUUGGCACUCUUCGAUAAUGUGGGCGAUGUGCACGAAUUCAUCGAUCCGGAGGAGGAGCGACGACUAGUCCGCAAGGUAGACUGGAUGAUUCUUCCAUAUAUUUCAGUCUGCUACGUCUUCUUCUACAUUGACAAAACCACCCUCUCGUACGCUGCCAUCUUUGGUAUUCAGAAUGAUCUCAACCUCAAGGGCACCGAGUAUAGCUGGCUAUCAUCAAUCUUUUACUUUGGGUUUCUGAUUUGGGCUCUGCCUACAAACUUCAUGCUGCAGAAGUUCCCUAUUGCAAAGUAUCUCGGCCUCAACAUCUUUGCUUGGGGUACUUUUCUUAUGCUCCAAGCUGCGGCACCCAACUUUGGAGCUUUAGCCGCACUUCGUGCCAUCAGCGGAGCAGCAGAAGCGUGCGCUGACCCUGCCUUUAUGAUCAUCACCAGCAUGUGGUACACCCGCCGAGAGCAACCCAUCAAAAUAGGCCUCUGGUACACCGCCAACGGCAUCGGCAUCGCCCUCGGCGGCCUCCUAGGCUACGGCAUCGGCAACAUCAAAGGCGCGCUGGCGUCCUGGAAGUAUGAGUUCAUCAUCGUCGGCACCCUGUGCUGCGCGUGGGGCAUUGUUAUUGCCGUCUUCUUGCCGGAUAACCCCAUCACGAGCAGCAAGCUUACAAACCGCGAGAAGAAGAUUGUCGUCGAGCGGUUACGCGAGAACCAAACCGGCGUGGAGAACAAGACGCUGAAGCUCCAUCAGGCUAUCGUGAACGGGGGGACGUCUAAUUUUGGGACUCUGAUCAUCAAGGGCUUCAAGUUCUCGACGUUGGUCACGGCAGUCCUACAGAUCCCAUACGGAGCUAUCAUUUUCAUCGCCAUUCUAGCAUGCGUCUUUAUCAACGACAGACUUCCGCCGAACAACCGGUGUUUCGUGUUGGUGCUCUUUUUGUUGCCCAACGUCGCUGGGUCUUUUGGUCUCCGCUUUGUGUCUGAUGACCAGCAAGUCGGCAGGCUAAUUUGCUACUAUUUAACCGGUUCUAUCAACGCCUCAUUCGUACUUCUCCUCUCACUCCAAACCGCCAACAUUGCUGGACAUACCAAAAAGGUGGUCACCUCCGCGUGCCUGUUUUUGGGAUACUGCGUCGGCAACAUCGCGGGUCCCUUCUUCUACAAGUCAGAUCAGGCGCCUAAGUAUGAGUUGGGUAUUUGGAGUAUGAUUGUCGCUCAUUUGCUUGAGGUUGUGGUUGUGAUUACACUGCGGUUUCUGCUCAAGUGGGAAAAUGAUAGGCGGGACAGAAUGCAGGGGGAAGUCGCCGAGGUUGACCUGGAUGCGACGGCGUUUGGGGAUUUGACGGAUCAGACGUUCUGCCAUAAGAUUUGCGCUUCUCGAAAUCGUAGCAUUGCCACACUCUAUGGCGUAACAAUCACAGAUAUUGCAGUAGCCAAAGUUUCUCGAACUAUAGUGAGAUGCAUCGCUCUGCGCGGCUUCACCUUCACCACACCUCACUCAAUUCUCAUUGCGCUCACCAAGACUCAUCGCAGCAUCAACUACAACGCCCUGGCAUUCACACUACCACCGUUUUCAUCUCUCCCCCUAGACCCUGCUGGGCCGCCUGGGAACGCAUGGGGUCUGUACGGCAAAGAUGACCUCUUAGGGGCGCUGAACCUUCUCACCCCCACAGUCGUGGCCGCUGCGGCAGCAUCUGAGAUUCGAACUGGCCAACGAGUAUCACUGGAUUGGUCAUUGAAUAAUCCCUCUCAGCCAAGCUUCGAUCGGGCGCCAUUUGAGUCUAGACUCGUCAACCGAGCUCAUCCGAGUGGCGAGAAGAGGACCGUCAAUGAUGAUAUCUUGCACUUUAACACGCAAUGUAGCAGCCAGUGGGACGGCUUCAGGCACUAUGGGUACCAGAAAGCCAAGCGAUACUACAACAACACGACCCAAGAUGACCUGGAUAACCCAAAAAACAUUGGCAUAGACGGCAACGCAGCUUGGGUCGAAAAGGGCGGCAUCGUCGGCCGCGGCAUCCUCCUCGACUACGCCAGCUUCUGCGCCCGCCACGCCCUGCCCCUCGAUGCCUUCACCAGCAGCGACAUCUCCCUCACCCACCUACAACAGAUCGCCGCCGAGCAAAAGAUCACCUUCCGGCCGGGCGACAUCCUCUUCAUCCGCUCCGGGUUCACGGCAGGCUACAACGCCAAAGACGACGCCGCGCAAAAGGCCGUCGCGGCGCGCGCCAGCCCGGACUUUCUCGGUCUCGAGCCCACGAAAGACGUGCUCCGCUGGAUAUGGGAGACGGGAUUCGCGGCCGUGGCGGGCGACGCGCCGAGUUUCGAGAGGGCGCCCAUCGCGGGUCCGCAUACGGCUGUCGGCGGCGUGUGGAAGGGCGAGGCGUGGGAGGAGGAGAUGCAGGGAGGUGGUUUGUUGCAUCAAUGGCUGCUGGGAGGUUGGGGAUUGCCCAUUGGCGAGAUGUUUGAUCUCGAGGCUCUUAGUUCGACGUGCCAGGAGCUGGGAAGAUGGACAUUUUUCGUGAGCAGCGUGCCGCUCAAGGUUCCGGGCGGUGUUGCCAGCCCUCCCAACGCCUCUUGGGAUGUCUUCUUCACCUCGGUGUAUCUUAGUGUUCGGGAGUGUAAUCAAUGUGUCAAUGUUCCAUUUCUGGCCAUCCCCGGUGAUGGGAUGUUGCUGGUUCGCUUGGCUUUGCUCGGACUUUGCGGCUGGUUGGCGCGUUUGCAGAUCCCUGACAUUUUCAAAAUUAAUGGUCUGUCGUCUCUGGAACAUAAUUCUUCUCUCAAGAGUCAAGACUCCCUAGCUCUGCUAGCAUAUGCCAUUCCAGAUGAUUCGACUCGGGUGUACCAGGGGAGCCUCCCCCGCAAGGAACCAUCCAUCACCCACAAGGAUCCUAAUCCAGACCGGACCAGCAAGGCGAGAUUAGGCCUAGGGGGCCACAAAGGAAUUAGGAGGCAGACUAGGAAGACAGGGACCGGCCGGGUACCCCGCAUUGUCUUCCCCAUUCCCAAAAGGAUUAAGAAUGAGGUGACAUUUCCGUCUUUCCACGUCCGCCGCCUGUGGUCCCCCUCUCUUCCCCCUUCCCUUCCCACUCACUCGACCAUGUUUCCGUGUGUCCAGCUCCAGCAGCAGGAUCAGGGGAGCGACUCCGGUGUCGGCAUCGGCACCGGUAACAACGGCAACGGCAAUGCCAUGGUGAAUGGAAUCCACCACCCCGGUGUUCGCCGCCAUUCCCAAUCACACCAUAAUGGGAGAGGAGGAGGAAGUCUUGGUAAUCAUAGUCACGGCAAUGGAAACAAGCACGGCAACGGCAAUGGAAACGCAUCGUCGAGCGGCAAUGGAACCGGGAACGGCCGCCACGGCAGCACCAGCAGCAGCAGCAUUCAUGUUCACAAUGAGAACAGCAACGGCAACGGCAAUGGAAAUCACAACCAGCAGCUGGCAUCUCCGCCGCUCACACAUCCGUCGAAUCCGACCCCUCUGACGGAGAGCGGAAGACGUCGUCGGCACCGCGACAAGGAGCGCGUCCGCGUCACCCGCGCCUGCGACAGGUGCAAGAAGCGCAAGAUCCGCUGCACAGGCAUCCAGCCCUGCGAGUUGUGCAUCCGCACCGAGUCCCACUGCACCUACAACGCUUCUUAUGCACGGGGUCGUCAGCCGCCCGUGGCUACUCGGGAGGAUGUCGCCCGAAUGGACCUCGAUGGCCUCGAUGUCUCCGUGUCGGACCAUCCCAACGCUGCUGCUGCCGCUGUUGCUGGUGAAGAUGCGUUGAUGGGCUCCUCCAUCGUCGUAGACGUCUCUGACCCCGGUGAUACUGAUCAUCAAGACGAGACCAUCAUGAACGGCACGAGUCUGGCCGUUGUUGGCAGCGUCGGUCCUGGAACCGCUGAGCCUCCCUCUCGGGCCUCUCCUGAACCUACUCAGACGGAUCUCCAAGGUCACUAUGUCGGUCCCUCGUCUGGUGUCUCUUUCCUGCUGAGAGUCCAGAAACGCCUUCACCAAGCCGUCUCAUUCUCACAAGCCUCCUCCAUCUUCACCUUUGGCGAUGCACCGCUCCCAAACUUUGACCCCAGCGGCGCCUUCUGCGUCCUGCUGUCCAAGGAAGAGGCCACGACCCUCUUGAAGAGAUACUUUGAGUUCGCUGUACCAACUCACCGCUUCUUGCACCGCCCCACGGUAGAAGGCUGGCUGGAGGAGUUCUACGAUACCAUGGGUGCCAUGAAGAGCCAGGAGGACGCACCGGCCCGGAGAGCCCUGCUAUUUAUGGUGUUUGCUCAGGCGCAGGAGUACAUGGGCACCACACACUCGCGUGAGAACGCAGACGCAAGCGCUCGAUACUUCUUGGCUGCAGAUCAUCAGCUCUCCAAAGAGAGAGGCGCCGUCCGCCUGACCAGUGUCCAGGCCCGGCUAUGCCAGUGCUUCUGGCUGCUGUCACAAUCUCGCAUUAACCACUGCUGGAGCUUGUUCGGCACCGCAGGACACCUUGCUCUCGCCAUUGGUCUGAACCGCAACAGGCAUGCGGACCCGGCAGGGGGUUACAACUAUAUUGAGCUCGAGUGUCGCCGUCGCACGUUCUGGUGCGCUUACAGCCUCGACAACUAUCUCAGCGCUGCACUUGGUCGUCCACGAACGUUCCAUGAUGAGGACAUUGACCAGGAACUCCCGUCGUGUUCAGAAGACGCGGAUCUCCAUGCAGAUCACAUCACACCCCGUAUGGGACGUGGCCAGUCUCUCAUGCUGGCUCCGGUUGCUCAUGUCAAGCUCUCACGGAUAGUGAGCAUGAUCUUGCGUGACCUCUACUCUAUAAGACCGUCGUCGUUCUCAAAUAGAUGUGCUCUGGCGGCGAAAUACUCUCAAAAUCUGAAGCACUGGAGGGCCGAAAUGUCGCAGUUCUUGGAUGAUGGCGUCAACACGGCAUUACUCAUUCCCAUCUUCCAGCGGCAACGCAACGUGUUAAACCUGGCGUACUGGCAUGCUAUGAUCCUCACACAUAGGCCCUUUUUGCUGAGUAACUUUGCCCGGCUACAGCGAAACGGUAAAGCCCGUCGGAAGAGUGUGCCACACAAGGACCAGACGGAAGAAAGCGUCAACGCCUGUCUCGACGCUGCGAUGCACGUUGUCGACACCGUCAACGAUCUUAUACAGGCAGGGCAGCUAUUCCGUGCUUUCUGGUUCACUUCCUACUUUGCCUUCUCAGCCGUCGUUGUUCUCUAUGUAUAUACCAUCCAGCAACGGACAGCCCCGACAGAGGCAUGGCAGGCCUACUUCAACGCGGCAUGUCGCUGCCAGACGCAACUAGCCUCGCUCGCCGACAACGAGUCGACGCUAGCGGCGCGAUACUGCCUCGUCCUCGAGGAGCUGAGAACCGAAGCGCUUCGACAGACCGAGCGACACCAGAGCCCGGCCAUAACCCAUCAGACGGGACAAAAUGGCGGACAGAUCUCCCGCGCCGCUAUCGUUGCUUCUGGAAACGAAGAUGUCCAGCCGCAGCAUGAGCAGCAUCACCUGGCCAAUCUCAACUUCCCCGAUGUGGGACACGCAGACGAGUUUGUUGGUUUUGAUGCGAGCCCGAGCAGCUCUCUGGCUGAUAUGACGAGUUGGGGUCAAUUUGACUCCAUGUUUGGAUCCGGGUCAAUAUGUCAGCUAUUUUGA